CUGUUUGUUCCAUACAUUUUAUUCAUUAUUAGUUUAGAGACCAAAUAUGCUGCAGUGUAGAACUUUGUACUAAGAGAGAAAAUCGUGAAAAUGAAUCAAGUGAAGGGCAAAGUGUUUUUAAUCACUGGAGGAGCGGCCGGUAUUGGUGAAGGAGUGGUUCGUGCCUUAGUGGAAGAAGGUUCAAAACACAUCGCUAUCUUAGACGUAGAUGAGAAAGGUGGAAAAUCGCUGGAAUCAGACUUGGUUACAAACCACGGAAAGGGAAUAGUGAAAUUCUACAAGUGUGACGUCACUACAGACGAUUUGAAUGCAGCAUUUGAUAAUGUGGUACAUAAUUUUGGAUACAUAGACGGCGUUAUUAACUGUGCUGGCAUUUUUAACGAUAGCCCAAAUGUGUACGCUAAGGCUAUUGCCGUAAAUGUGACGGCCCUUAUAACCAGUUCUUUGAUAGCUUAUGAGCUGAUGCGCAAAGACCGUGCUGGCAAAGGAGGUACUAUCAUCAACAUAUCGUCUAUGGCAGCGUUGGCGAGGCUCCCAUUCGUUCCGAUCUACAGUGCGAGUAAGAGCGCUGUUUUACACUUCGGUAAUUCUCUUGGAAUGGAACCGACAUACUCUAGAACUGGAGUUCGAGUACUGACUGUGUGCUUCGGAUGUACGGACACGACAAUUUUGCACAGUAACAAAUUUGGAGUGUUCGAACCUGAUCAGUUGAAGCUUUUGACGGAACACCUCAAGGGAGCUUACACGCAGAAACUCGAGUCCGCAGUCUGUGGGAUGUUGGAAGUGUUUAAGAAAGGCGAAAGUGCUUCCACUUGGUUGAUAGAUGCUGACAAACCUGCUAAGGAUAUCACUUCCUCAGUGAACGAAGCAUAUAACAUAUUGAGCCGUCAUCUUACAGAUGCAUAAAAUUUAAUAUACGUAUCACAGCGAUUUUACUUGUUUUUUUAUAUGCUUACUAGAAAUACACAAAAAAAAAUUUUACUCCGAAAUUCCGA